AUGGACACCCUGCCAGACGCCCACUCCGCUAGAGACCGAGUACGCCUACCUGCAGCAUUUUCUCCAGGAAUCACAUCCGCUGGGAAUGCAAAUGGAAGCGAAAACACAGAGAAUAUUACUCGAGUCAAAGUCCACGACCCCCCAAAAUUUGAUCUCGAGUCAUAUAUCGCGAAUUACACCGGCCGCACCCGAUUCGACCGCUUGUACCUCAUAGGCACCACAUCUACUGUCCUCUCUGUCGAAGCCCUAAAGUCCGCAAUCAUCGAAGCCAAGUCCGGAAAAGAUGUCGCAAAUUAUGAAAAGGCAGUUCGCGCGCUGGCGGAGGUAGCACCGAACGAGGAGAGCGCCACCCUCGACUCAGCGUGGGUUCAGAAUGUCCAACGCACAGUCAGGACACAGGACGAUCGGCUGGACCAGGAGCUUCGCGGAUACAAGAAUAAUUUAAUCAAGGAGAGCAUUCGAAUGGGCAAUGAGGAUAUCGGGAACCACUACUAUGAGACCGGCGAUCUUGUUGCAGCCUCGAAAGCGUACUCCCGCAUGCGAGACUACUGCACAACCCCGAAUCACAUUGCCUCCAUGCUCUUCAAGCUGAUCAAUGUUUCGGUCGAGCGUGGAGAUUGGCUGAAUGUCCAGUCCAAUGUACACCGAUUGCGCAACGCUCAAUCAAAACCCGACGACCAGAUUAAAAACCAGCCCAAGAUGUCCGCGGCUCUGGGUCUCGCACAGAUGCACUCGAGCUCAUAUCUCGACGCAGCCAAUAGCUUUCUGUCGACAGACCCUAGCCUGGGCGACAGUUUCAAUGAAAUAAUCACACCCAACGAUGUCGCCGUUUACGGUGGCUUAUGUGCGUUGGCAUCUAUGAACCGCGUUGAACUCCAGCUCCGUGUCCUCGAUAACAGUUCCUUCCGGAAUUUCCUCGAGCUCGAGCCUCAUAUUCGCCGCGCGAUUGGAUUCUUCUGCAAUUCCAAGUUCCGGCCUUGCUUAGAUAUUUUAGAUGCCUACCGCACUGACUAUCUCCUAGACAUCCAUCUACGGCGCCAUGUCUCAGAUCUCUACAAUCAGAUUCGCACCAAGGCGAUCAAGCAAUAUCUGGUGCCGUUCAGCCGUGUCACCCUGGACUCCAUGGCAGCAAUCUUUGCCCCGGCUGUUGUCGGAGGCGAAGCCCAGCCGACAGGCGUCGACUCACCCUUCGUCCAGGAGCUCAUCCAACUUAUUCAAAAGGGAGUCUUGGACGCUCGCAUCGACCUGGAAAAGAGCGUCCUCGUCUCAAACCAGACAGAUUUGCGAAUGGAGGUGCAAGAGAAGACAUUGGAGAGCCUGCGGUCUUUCAAUGAAGAGGCGCAUAUGCGUAUUUUCCGUGCUAGCGUACUUCAAGCAGGGCUGGAGGUAAAGGCAUCCGGAGCCGAACGGCGGCAACGUGUGGACUCGGCGGACGCGAGAGGAACAGGGUCGACUGAUAAGUUCGGCCGGGGUCCUGGACCGCGCGGUUAA